UCUAAGUUAUCUAUCUUACGUUUGACUCGAAGGAAGGUGUUCCCUAACGAUGAUCAUUGUUACGCACACAACAAAACAACGAAAGAAGAAAAACAAUCAUUAAGCAAUCAAUCCAAUGUCUUCAUCAUCAUCAUCACCGACUCCCGUUCUCUGCGCUUCUUUCAACCAAGACAAUAGUUGCUUUGCAAUUGGAACCAAAGAUGGUUUCAGAAUAUUUGAUACCAAUACAGGAAAACUCUGUUAUGAAAGAGCUGUUGGUGCCUUCUCUAUUGUUGAGAUGCUGUUUACUUCAAGUCUUCUUGCUAUUGUUGGUGCUGGUGAUCAGCCAUCUUUGUCGCCUCGCCGUCUAUGUUUAUUCAAUACUACUACUGGAGCUCCUCUUAGAGAAUUGAACUUUCUUACUUCAAUAUUAGCUAUUCGCAUGAAUCGAAAAAGACUCAUUGUCAUUUUACAAGACAAAGCAUAUGUGUAUGACAUAAAUAGCCUUUUAAUCUUGGACACUUUCGACACGGUGCCAAAUAGUAAAGGACUCUGUGCUUUUUCCCCUAGUUUGGAUGCUUGCUACAUGGCUCUUCCCGCUAGCACCACAAAAGGAUCUGCAUUGUUGUACAAUGCUAUGGAUUGUAAUUUACACUGUGAGAUUGACGCUCAUCGUUCACCACUGGCUGCAAUGGUCUUUUCUUCAAACGGAAUGUACAUAGCUACUGCAUCUGAGCAAGGAACCUUAGUCAGAGUCCAUUUGGUGUCAGAUGCAACAAAGUCAUAUAGCUUCCGAAGGGGUUCAUAUUCAUCUACUAUAUUUUCUCUUUCAUUUGGGCCAUCAAAGCAGCUUCCCGAUAUUCUAGCAGCCACUAGUUCUUCUGGUUCUAUUCAUCUUUUCACUCUCGGAUUUGUUUCACAUCCAAGGAGCAAGAGAUCAAGUGGUUUUCUCGGAUCAAUAAUUCCCGAUGCUGUGAAUGAUGUGCUAGAUCCUUCUUAUCAUCAUGUUCUUCAUAAUGCCGUUCCUGCAGGAGUCAAAAGCUCUGCCGUCAUUUGCAAGGUUGAGAAUGUUACAGACACCUCAUCAUCUGAACUUUUAGCUUGUAGGGCGAGCAUGUGUGUGAUAAGUUACAAUGGCUACUUUCAAGAAUAUAACUUAAGCAUUGAUGCUCAGAAAAUGUCUUGGUCUUUAGAGCGCGAAACCAAUCUUUUGACUGUGACCAUGGAUAAAGUUCUAUAAGUAGAAGAAUACUAAGUGCCAACAUUUGGUGAAACUUUCCAAAGCUACCAUUGCUUCCAAGCCAACAUCAAGUGCUUAUUUAGAGAAAUGUCCAAACUCACUCUAGACCAUAGCUGCUUCCAACAUGAAUGUGUUAUGUGAAGGAAAUCAUGAUCCUAGAUUAAUUACUGAAAUGUAUAGAAAAGUGACAAUGUAAAGUAAUUUUACAUUACUCUCCUAUAAUGUCAUAGGAGUGAUAGAUUUGGUCAUUAACAUAAAAAGUUAAACUAAUAAUUUAUUUUUGAGCGGUAAAACGGCAAGCAACAAAAGUUUGGGAAAUAUUUAUCCGGGAAAUUAUCGUCUCCACAGGGACUAGUGCAUUGAACUGCCGUUCAAUAGUUUUCACAGUUAUGAGUUUGAAUUGAAUUGGUAAAAAGUAAAUAUGGGAAUUAAACAUAUGAACAAUAAAGAAUACAUUCUUUGGAGAGGAGAAACUAUCAAGCAUGAAUUUACACUACUCA